AUGGCUAGCAACCAAGCUACCAGCCCAGAAGGCAUCACCUCUGCUUCCACCUCCGCUCCCGCUUCCACCUCCACCUCCACCUCAAACAUAAUGGCCGCCCAGACUACCAGCGCUCCAGAGGAUCCCUUCGCCGCUGUUCUCGCCCUGGCUCGUGUCACACUCACCUCCGCCCCCGCCCCUACGUCUCCCCCUGGCCCUGGUGACGAUGCUCGAGUGGACGGUGCCGCCCUUCCUGACGAGUGGCGCCAAGAUCCCGAGCAUCCUGAGCGAUGCAUCGAGGCUUGGCGUCGCAGUACCAGCCAAAAGUACGGUCAUCUUCUUGGUGACAUCACGUCGAGGGAUGAGUCGGGGAGACUCGUCGCUCGUUCGCGUGGCUUCCCCUCCCCAGCCCCAAGCGACGACAAGCACCGCAACACGACCUUCAUCUGGGUCGAAAAGGCUGGGUUCGACACCAAGCGCAUCGACUUGGCUGACCUCCCCAAACGAGCCGAUCCCGACACGGGAAAGGACAACGUCGAGGUCAAGAGGAUCGAAGACGUCUGGGAAUAUGACAACCCGACCCUCGACACACCCCACCAGUUCGAGCGCGGAAUCGAUAUUUCGCAAAAGGCAGAGGGCAUCGAGUGGGAGCCUCAUCGCUUGCUCGGACCCGACCCAGGGGCGCGAGCUCCCAUCUCAACCAGCAAGGCAUUCGUGCCUAACAGCGAGCUUUCCAACGACUUUCUCGCCUCUACAUCCCGUGGCCACCAGCCCAAGGUCCCACGGCCCUCGCGAGUAGGUGCCGGUUGGGGAGACCACGACAAGUUCCGGGAGUGGCAACUCCACGGCCGCGCUCUGACCAAGGACAUGACCGAGGACAAGGCAUGUGCUCAUGAAGAGCCUGCGACACUCCAGUAUGUUCCCGGCAAGGACGCAGAGGAGGGGGCCGAGAACAUCGUUGUCACGGCAAGCCUGGCGCGAGAUGAUCCCGAGCAGCCGGAGCCAUUCGCUGACAGACAGAGACCAAGGACUGUUCGGGAAUGCUUCGAAACGCGUCGCUAUGGAGAAGCAUCCCGCGAGGGCCACCAACAAGGGCGACGUCAACGUGGUCGUGGAAGAGGUCGCGGUGGACAGGGACUCGAUGACGGCACUUGGUAG